CGCAUGCGUGAUGCCACCAGUGGGUGCGCCCAAUAAUGACUGGGGGAUCCCGGCAAGUAACAUGACCAAAAAGAAGCGGGAGAAUCUGGGCGUCGCUCUAGAGAUCGAUGGGCUGGAGGAGAAGCUGUUGCGGUGUCGGAGAGACCUGGAGGCUGUCAACUCCAGGCUCUAUGGGGUGGAGCUGAGCCCAGAGGCCAGGAAGUCUCUGGAGAAGGAGAAAAACAGCCUGAUGAACAAAGCCUCCCACUAUGAGAAGGAGCUGAAGCUGCUUCGGCAAGAGAACCGGAGGAACAUGCUGCUCUCUGUGGCCAUCUUCAUCCUCCUGACCCUCGUCUACACCUACUGGACCCUGUGAGCCUGAGAUGCCUCCACGGUCAGCACAGGCUUCCCCUUGGCCCCUGGUCACUACCAAGCAGGCCCUUCAAGCCUCAAGACAACCAAGGUACAGGAGCCUUUCUCCCCAACCCAGACACUGGAGCAGGGCAUCCUGUGGGCCCAGCCCGUCUCACCUCCUGGUCCUGCUGUGGGGCCUGGGUCUCCAGAAGGACUGUGUGCUGGUUCCUCCCUCAGCCCAAGGGAAAGGCAAUAAAGAACAGCCAGGCUGCUCCCGUCUGCUGAGUAAA